AUGCGAGUGAGCGGCUGUGAAGUUGACCUCGUGCCGUUGAAACUAGGAUAUCCCAUGCGAUCGUUAAUAACAAAGUUGUUUAUAACACGAUUUGAAGGCCUCUUGCUUUUUGGGCGUGAUAUACAGAAUUCCGGGUUACUGUACCUAGUGAAAGCCACGCCAGUGCUAUCGUCAAUAAUUUUGCUCUAUGACGGUCUGUGCAACACAACAAAUUCCGGUUUCUGCCAUUCCACCUGCUUGCUUACUGCUUACUGGUCAAUUACACUAUGGUUCCGUAUGGAAAGAGUAGAUGUAUCCCCAGCUGGACCCUUAAUAAUGUAA